AAGCGGAACUGUGCCUUCCCAUCAUGCUUUGACAGAGAAGUCAAGGCGCCUUUUGCAGCCCCCCCUUCCACAAACUACUAGCAAAGGGUCUUUUAUGUCUAAAGUUGUAAUACGAGGCUUUGUAAGACGGUGGGUUUGCUUGAUAAAACAGUAAAAAUCUCUUGGUCAUGAUGGCGCCGUCCAGUCUUGUGUCUGCAGCUGCUAGCCUUUGGGCUAAAUGCUUCAGUGUCUUCUCCUGCACAACUACUGUUGCGAGGACCAACAGUUUUCUCCCCACCUCCUCCAUCUGUGCAAAGUGGCUUAGCACUGUGGCCAGUGGGCCACCAAAAAGACCCCUAAAUGCAUACAUGCGAUAUGUUUUGCAGCAGCAGCCCAUCAUGGUCAGACUGCACCCAGAGAUCAAGUCUGUGGAUGUCAUUAGGAAAAUUGCUCAACAGUGGAGGACACUAAGCCCCGAACAGAAAAAACCUUUUGAAGAGGCUUCUGUCAAAGCCAGGGAGCAGUUUAAAGUGGACUUCCAGCACUACAUGGCUCAACUGACCCCAGCACAGGAGAAGCAGCAGGCUUUGGACAAGAAACAGAGACUCGCCAAACGGAAGGCCAUUCGCAAGAAACGGGAGUUGACUUCUCUUGGAAAACCAAAGCGUCCCCGUUCUCCAUUUAACAUAUACAUGUCGGAGCACUUUGAAGAGGCCAGAGGAGCCACCACACAGGCAAAGAUGAAGUCACUGAUGCAAGACUGGAGAAAUCUGUUUAGCCACCAGAAGCAGGUUUACACACAAUUGGCUGAAGAUGACAAAAUCCGCUACAAAAAUGAAAUGAAAUCAUGGGAAGAGCACAUGGUGGAAAUAGGACGAGAUGAUUUGCUCCGUGAGCAAACUCUGUCCAGAAGGAGCCGAAAAACCACAACCAAAGCCAAGAAAAAAGUUGUAAAAGGAGCAACGGGAAAAGCCAAAACUACUAAAAAGAAGACAACAAGCAGCAGCACCACCAGUAAAACAGCUAAAACGUCCAAAAAGACAUAAGAUGUGCCACUUAAAACAAAAUAUUAGU